GUGACCUGUUCAAACCGAAAGUAAGAAAGGAUUAUAAACAGGAGGUAGGAGAUAGCAUCGGCCAAGUAAAGCAAGUGCCCAAAUCCGUUCGUCGCUUACCUUGGGCUCUCUUUCUGACUGCUUUGCUUCUUUCGCCGCUCAUUCGACACUCAAACGGCUCUGGUUUUCGCACUAUAGCCUACAAUUACCAAUGUUCAGAUGCUAGAAGGAAUCUAAGAGAGCGUGAUGGAUCAAAAUCAAGAACGCAAUUUCAGAACUCACUACUAUGAAAAAGUUAGAUUCUUUCCUACGGUGGAAGAGAAGAAAUCUGUGGAAAGUCUACUGAAGGAGCAGCCUAUCCAGAAAGAAAAGCUAGGCCAGUUUUGUCUCCGUUUUGGCAUUCCAGCUGUGUACAGAACAUACGUUUGGAAGCUUCUUCUUGGUGUUCUGCCACUCAACCGGAGUACAGAGAAGUAUGUGUGGGGACAUCGCGAGGAGCAAGUGAAAGAAUUGGAGAGAGCAGCAGUCCUUGUGCGUCCGCAGUGUCUGGACGAGACCUUGGAACAAAAGAUUCUUAGGAUGAAGCUCAUAGAAGACGGGGCUUUGCCAAUACAGGAUAAGUUUUUGGAGCAAGACCCUACCAACCAGUACUUUGUGUCCAUUGCCCAAGCUGUGAGUGGACUGACCAGCUCUGAGUCUGAGGCCGAUCUGUUCUGGAUCUCAACGCGAUUUUUCAGACAUAUAAGUAGCAACAUCUACAGUUCCCUACCACAGUUUCCAGAACUGACAUUGCAGUGUCUCCAGAAAGAGGAUGUGGACCAUCGACUGCACCAGCACCUAUGUGACCUCCGCAUGUUGGAGGCCCCACUUCUGAGCUUCUGGUUCCACACUUGCUUUGCCAGUGUCCUGCCUGAAUCAGCUCUUGAACGUAUUUGGGAUCGGGUUAUAUCGGGAUCAGCCCAAAUCCUGGUGUAUGUAGCAGUGUCCAUCCUGCUGACCUUACGGCGACCGCUGCUGGCCCUGACCACCUCGGAUGACAUGCUCACAUACCUCAAACACAUUCCAGAAGACUGUGGAGACAGAAUCGUCAACGAGGCAUUGGAACUUCUGCACAAGAACUCAAGCCAAACAGCUGGAAAGCCAGACUCACCUGCUGGAGAAGAUAGCGGCCGCAGUUCUGGGAACAAGCCAGGGGGAGGCAAACCUCGCCAAGGGUCGCAGGACACGUCGACACCGAGUGAUAAAGUUGUACGCAGCCUCGUGGAGAGCAAGUCGGUCACCAUCGAGAUUGCCAGAAAGUCACCCAAUGCUGGGGAUAAGGCUGGAUAGUCUGCCACUUCUUUGUUUCUUUGUUCAUAUGCUGUCUGACUGAUAGAUCUAGUCUGAGUUAAGUAUUGUUUACAAGGUAUGAUGCGGAAAUGAGCAGAAUUUAAGCUUUAUUCACCUGGUCAGGGGAAAAAUGUACAUAUUAAACACACACAACCUCCCUCCCCCCCCCCAGAAAGA